AUGAAGCCAAUCGGAAAAGUGCUUUGUGCUGCAGGGGUCGUAGCUGGGCUCCUAGCUUUCUUCUGGAAAGACCCUUUUAACCCAGAGAGCUUGUCUGGUGCCCGUGUUCUCCUGACUGGAGCCAGUGCUGGGAUUGGAGAGCAGAUGGCAUAUCAUUAUGCCAGAUUUGGGGCUGAAAUUGUUUUGACUGCCAGGAGGGAAGGUGUGCUGCAGAAGGUGGUGGAGAAAUGCCUGACACUUGGAGCAAAGAAUGUGUUUUAUAUCCCUGCAGAUAUGUCUUCCCCUUCAGAGCCUGAAAAGGUGGUUCAGUUUGCUGUCCAAAAGCUGGGGGGACUGGAUUACCUGGUGUUGAACCACAUUGGCAUGACCCGUUUCCAGAUGUGGGCUGGAGAUGUGGAAUACACCCGCUGGCUCAUGCAGGUGAAUUUCUUCAGUUAUGUGGCUCUUGCAACAGCAGCUCUUCCCACCCUGGAGAAGAAUAAAGGCUCUCUGGUGGUUGUUUCUUCCCUCACAGGGAAAAUACCCACUCCCUUCACCACUUCUUAUUCUGCAACCAAGUUUGCACUGGAUGGAUUCUUCAGCUCACUGCGCCAUGAACUUAUCAUGCAGAAGAGAAAUGUCUCUGUCACACUGUGCAUCCUGGGCCUGAUUGAUACUGAUACAGCAUUAGAGAAUACCAGGGGCAAAGUGCAUCUAACUGCUUCUCCUGCUCCUGAAGCUGCACUUGCCAUCAUCCGAGGGGGUGCCAGGCGGGUACAGGAGGUUUUCUACCCAUGGUGGCUGCAGCAUGUGUGCUGCCUCUGGGUUUUGUCCCCCGGUGACCGGGACCAGGUUUUACAGAGCUACUAUAACUACAGCAGUCCUUAA